CCACAACACCAUCAUAUCUUCUCGGUACUGUGAAGACUACUUGGUGGCAGCUUUACUCGACGGUGAGUUGGACUUUUGGCUGCCUGGACUGAGAGAAAGAGUUGAGCCAAUCCAACACGACUCGACAGCACAUACUCCUCAAUCAUAUUCCGUAGGAAACAGAUCAGUCUUACAAUAUGACUCUUUACUACAGUCUCGUCUUCAUGCUCCUUGUAGCUGAAAUGGCUCUCUUUAUGCUACUCAUUGUUCCCAUCCCCUUUACCAUCCGUCGAAAGAUGUUCACUUUCAUAAGCGAAAGUCCGUUGGUUGCGAAGCUACAAUAUGGAAUGAAGAUAACCUUCAUUUUUAUCUUGAUCCUCUUCAUUGAUAGUGUGAACCGCGUUUAUCGCGUGCAGGUCGAGCUUGCAGAGAGCAAGGACAUGGGCGCCAGCAGAUCGGCAGUUCUAGGUCACGAGCGCAUGGAGGUGCAGGCUCGAAAAUUCUACUCGCAGCGAAACAUGUACCUCUGUGGAUUCACACUCUUUCUUUCCCUGAUCCUGAACCGCACCUACACCCUGAUCCUCGAUGUUCUCCGCUUGGAAGAGAAGGUCAAGAAAUAUGAAGGGGACCCAAGUGCAGGGGGAAAGCAGGGAGAGAAGCUGGAGAAUGCUGGAAACAUGGGAGAGAUCGCAAAGCUGAGGAAGGAGUUGGCAGCGAAGGAGAGGGAUCUUGAAACGUUGAAGAAGCAGUCGGAGGGAUUAAGCAGAGAAUAUGGAAACUUGAGCGAUACAUACGAGGCGACGCAGAAGGAUGGGACGCCUAAGAAGGACAAAUAA